CUCCGCUCGUUUUUCACCCCUCUGAUGUUCCGCAUCUACAGAGUACAAGUUUCUGCGAAAUGGUCCCGCGGACUCGCAUUUCAGCCAGCGUCGCUCAAUGACCUGCGGCGCCUGUUAGCUGCUCCCUCCAGGCGCGCUAACACGAAUUCUACGCUACCGCCCGCCAUGACAGCCGACUGCCCUACGGUCGAGGCUGCUGGCCAGACCGAUGACCAAGAGAAACUUGGUGUUGCGAUGUCCUCGCUCGAAAUAGCAGAGGAACAACAGCAGCCCAAAGUCCCUCCCCAUCGCUCGCACGACCCCCAGUAUAACCAAAAGAGGAGCGACCCGUUCCAGUUCGGGUCCCGCUACCUUGGAGAGGACGAUGACGUCUUCGAGUUCAAUGCCUGGGACCAUGUUGAGACUGACGAUGCGUACAAGGAGUAUGCUGAGCAGCAGUAUGCCAUGCAGAGGCAGUCGCCUGUAUCGGACUUUGACAAGGUCCGAUUCAAUUCCGACCCUGCAAGAUGGUGGAACCGGUUCUACAAGAACAAUACAGCCAAUUUCUUCAAGGACCGCAAAUGGCUUCAGCAGGAGUUCCCGAUCUUGGAAAAGGUAACUCAGGAGGAUGCCGGUCCUGUCACCAUCCUUGAGAUUGGAGCCGGCGCCGGAAACACGGCGUUCCCCGUGCUCUCCAAGAACAAAAACCCGAAACUGAAGCUGCAUGCUUGCGAUUUCUCCAAGCAGGCAGUUGAGGUCAUGCGGAACCACGAGUCGUACGACUCGGAGGUGAUGCAAGCCGAUGUCUGGGACGUUGCCGGAGACGAUCUUCCACCUGGUCUUGGAGAGGGAUCCGUGGAUGUUGCAGUGAUGAUAUUCAUCUUUUCGGCCCUCUCUCCGUCACAAUGGGACAAGGCAGUAGAGAAUGUGUACCGUGUGCUCAAGCCGGGCGGUGAGGUCUGCUUCCGCGACUAUGGCAGAGGAGACCUUGCCCAAGUCCGGUUCCGAAAAGGACGGUAUCUGGACGAGAACUUCUACAUCCGGGGCGACGGAACGCGUGUCUACUUUUUUGAGAAGGAUGAGCUGGCCAAUAUCUGGAGGGGUGAGCAUAAGCAGGCCGCUGAUGGUGAACAUGGUGUGCAAGCUCGCUUUGACAUUGAGCAGCUAGGCGUGGACCGUAGACUGCUUGUCAACCGCGCCAAGAAGCUCAAAAUGUACCGCUGCUGGCUGCAGGGUCGGUUUAGGAAGAAAUAGACAACCAAAUCAUUUCCAUCAACAACUACGUACUAGUCGCAUUGAAUCCCUUCGCAAUGGAUGCUUUCACACG